AUGGCCAAACGACCCUCCCGCGAUCCAGGGGCUCCCAAGAGGAAUCUUUCAGCUUACCUUCUCUAUCAAAAUGCCAUGCGCGAACAAUUCAAGGCUUUGAAUCCAGGCAUGACCUUUGGCCAGUUGGCCAAGUAUACAUCGGCCAUGUACGCCGAAUUGCCUCCCACGGAAAAGGAAGCCUGGGGUGCUCGUGCCGAAGCGGACAAGGCUCGGUACCUCCACGAAUUGGCUUCCUAUGUGCCACCACCAGGAUAUGACAGCAAGGGCGACGCUAUCAUUUCUCCCCUCACCACCAAAUCGGGACGCAAGGGAAAGCCCGAGAAGGAUGUCAAUGCGCCAAAGAGAAACAUGAGUGCCUAUCUACUUUAUCAGAAUGCCAUGAGAGAUCAAUUCAAACGCGAGAAUCCAGGCAUGACCUUUGGACAACUCGCCAAGUAUACAUCGCACAUGUACCGAAACUUGACGCCCGAAGAAAAGGCCACUUGGGUUGCUCGCUCGCAACAAGACAAGGCUCGUUACGAUGCCGAGAUUGCCGCCUAUGUUCCUCCACCGGGACACGAUGCACGUGGUGUCCUCAUUGAGGAUCAUCGACCACGCAAGCGCAACAAGAGGGGACCCAAGGAUCCUGCAGCACCCAAACGUCCUUCUGGUGCCUAUGUCUUUUUCACCAAUGACAUGCGCCCCAAGGUCCUACAAGAAUAUCCAGGAAUCAAAUUUGUCGAACUGGGAAAAGUCUUGGGCGAACGCUGGAGAUCUUUGACUCCAGAACAAAAGAAACGGUACGAAGAGCUUGCGGCAGAAGAUAAGGUUCGUUUCCAAAUGGAAAUGCAGCAGUACACUGCCAAUCAACAGGCCCAACAACCACCACCACCCGUUCCAGUGCCACAAGUGGUGGCACCCCAACAACACUUGCCUCCACCUGUCAUGUCGGAAGCCCAUCAUCAUUACUACGCCGAUCCCAAUGCGGCCUAUGCGGCACAGUACGCCCAUGAUCCUUACGCGCAGCAUGCACAGUAUCACACUGCUUGA